AUGGAGAAACUACCGACUCCUGUGAUACACCGCUCUGAUAGUCGUCCACGGCCACGGCCACACACAAAGUCGCGUCUGCUCGGAUUUUGCUUCGCGCUGCUCGUCCUGUACACACUCGUCUCGCGCGUCUUCGUCGACCGUAACAUCCGAAUCGCCCGCGUGCCCAUCGACGCAUCCUCCAUCGCCGAAAAAUGCAGGAAGCUCGAUCUGAAGCCCGGUCCGCCCCCUGACUUCCACCGUCGCGCCGUUUCGGACAGGUUCCAGCCCGGCACGAGGCCGACGCUGAUCCGGAACGCGACGAUAUGGACGGGGCGCGUCGACGGACUCGAGGUCGUCAGCGGAGACUUGUAUCUGGAGGGCGGGAUCAUCCACUCCGUUGCGGAGGUGGACCCGGCUCUGCUUGCGAGGUAUGCUGAGAGCAUCGACGUGCUGGACGCCCACGGGGCCUGGGUGUCUCCUGGCAUAAUCGACGUGCAUUCUCAUAUCGGAGAUAUGUCCAGCCCUGGUCUGAAGGGUGCCGCAGACACGAACUCGCACAAGGGACCGAUCUUGCCAUGGUUGAGGUCGCUCGAUGCACUCAACACCCACGACGACUCGUAUGCGCUGACCGUCGCCGGUGGGGUCACGACUUCGCUCGUCUUACCAGGCUCCGCCAACGCCAUCGGCGGGCAGGCGUUUACCAUCAAAUUGAGAAAGACGACGGAGCGAUCGCCCACGUCGAUGUUGCUAGAGCCGCCGUACGAUAUCAACGGCACCGAGGCCGAAGCACACAGUACUUUGAGAUGGCGCCAGAUGAAGCAUGCUUGCGGCCGUGUGUAUGACGGUACUCGCAUGGACACAUUCUGGGCUUUCCGCCAGGCUUACGACAAGGCUCGCCAAAUCAAGGAGAAGCAGGAUACCUAUUGCAGCAAGGCGCUUGCGGGACGAUGGGACGGCCUUGGAGAGUUCCCGGAAGAUCUGCAGUGGGAAGCGCUCGUCGACGUGCUUCGCGGACGGGUCAGGGUGCAAACCCACUGCUACGAAGCGGUCGACUUCGACGACUUGAUCAGGCUUACUAACGAGUUCAAGUUCUCUAUCGCUGCUGUCCAUCACGCGAGCGAGGCUUAUCUGGUGCCGGAUGUUUUGAAAAAAGCCUAUGGACAUCCCCCCGCUGUUGCUUUAUUCGCUACACAUGGAAGGUACAAGCGCGAGGCAUACAGAGCCUCUGAAUACGCACCUCGUAUCUUGACGGCUGACGGUCUCCAGGUCGUGAUGAAGAGCGACCACCCUGUCACAGACUCCCGGCAUCUUCUGUUUGAGGCCCAGCAGGCCCACUAUUAUGGGUUGUCUGACAAUGCAGCGCUGUCGGCGGUCACGACGUACGCGGCUCAGGUGCUGGGAAUGGACCAUCGCAUUGGCUACAUCCAAGCAGGAUAUGAUGCUGACCUGGUGAUCUGGGACAGCCACCCUCUAGCGCUUGGUGCCACACCCGCUCAAGUCUUCAUCGAUGGCAUACCGCAACUCGAGACACCAUAUGUCGUUCAGAAACCCACUGCUUUCCAGGCUACGCCAAAGACACCCAACUUCGACCGCGAAGCCGAAGAGGCACUGAAGUACGAUGGGUUGCCGCCGCUUCUUCCGACACCGUCGGGUGCGGAUAUCGUGGUCUUCACGAACGUCAAAAGCAUCACCGUCCCGCAAGCUGGUGACCUGACAGAGGUGUACACCUCCUCAGACAACAGAGCAGGCGUCGCAGUCGUAAAGAACGGAUCGAUAUUGUGUUUCGGAGAGCAGACCGAUUGUUUAGCGAGUGGAUUUGCAGGGGAAAGCGUUCAAACUAUCGAUUUGCACGGCGGUGCUAUCUCUCCGGCGUUGUUGUCGUACGGUGCUCCCCUUGGUCUUCAAGAAAUUGCCCAGGAAUCCUCGACCGGCGAUGGGGUUGUCUAUGAUCCUUUGACCACGUCGCUACCAAACCUCCUCGGGAGCGAUAUCGUCAUCCGUGCGGUGGAUGGACUACAGUUUAGCGGGCGAAGUGAACUGUUGGCUUACAGAGCCGGAGUUACAAGGGGUAUCUCUGCGCCUAGCCACAAGGGAUUCAUGGCUGGGCUCGGGACAUAUUUCUCGCUUGGUGUCGUCCACAGAUUACAGAGAGGUGCAAUCAUUCAGGACGUUACCGCACUGCAUAUCACAAUCCGCCAUUUCGGAACUCCAAGCGUCAGCACCCAAAUCGCCGCACUGCGGCGCUUGUUGCUUUCUUCCGAAAAAGGCAGCGUUUGGUUCGAUGUCGUUCAAGGAAACCUGGUGCUUGUGGCCGAAGCGGAGAGUGCAGACGUAAUUGCUUCUCUGAUCUCGCUCAAGAGCGAAAUCGAGGCCAAAAGCGGCCGUACGAUACGGAUGACGAUAUCCGGCGCGACAGAGGCCCACCUUCUCUCCAAGGAAAUUGCACAAGCUGGCGUGGGAGUGAUCCUCAAACCACGACCGUUUCCUUCAACCUGGGAGCAGAAGAGAAUUCUUCCUGGGCCCCCACUGUCGAAAGAGAGCAGCGUCUCGUUGCUCCUCGCUCACAACGUCACCGUAGGUCUGGCGACUGACGAGGCAUCUAGUGCACGCAACGCCCGCUUUGACGCCGCCUGGGCUGCCCUGGAAGCUGGUGGACGGAUAUCUAAAUCACAGGCGCUCGCCUUGGUGUCUACGAAUCUGGAGAAGCUACUAGGCGGCAAGUCUUAUGCGGACGGCACGGCGGAUCUCGUCGCUACGGAUGACGCAGGUCUGUUCGACCUUGAAAGUAGAGUCGUUGCAGUGCUUUCACCUACACGAGGCACAGUCGACUUGCUGUGAAAAGUUGGCUUCCUUGUCUUUUUAACUGUCCUAGUUCAGAUAACUGCCGCAUAGAAAUGCGAGGGAAUACCGAAUGAAUCAAACUC